UAAUCAUUAUUCUUUCACCAUUUUUAAUGCCACAAGAAAAGACUUCACGAAUGCGUCAUCAUAAUACUACACAAUUGCUCGAUAGUUCAUCGAUCCCAAGAUUAAGGUAUUAAAUAAGAAGAAAAAAGAACGAAUUCACGGAAUUAGAAUGUUAUCUUACAAAAGAAUACGAGGAUUUAAAGUCUUUAUGGCUAGAUUUAAAUGAACAACACGCAAAAGCAAAGUCUGAAGAAGAAGUACUUGUUCAAAUGUUAAAGGAAAAAAGAACAACUGAAAAUUCACAAGAUUCUAGUUUAGAUGAUAAUACAAAUAAUCUUAUGCAAGUGAAUACGGAUGAAAUUGAGAACGAGACUUCGACUUUGGGGAAUUCACCUAGUUCUGAAUAUAAUGAAUCGGUCAUACAUAAACCAUUAGUGAAAGCGGGAGCAGGAAAUGACAUAACCGAUUCAUUCGAUUUGUUAACGCUAUCAUCGCCAAAUAUUUCAGAAACAGGAGAAUCAGAAUUUCAAAAUGGAGCAUUAACGGAAAAAUCUUCAGAAUUUAACAUUAAAGAUAAUUUAAAUAAUGCAUUGCGCAAGUUACAAAAGUUGGAUGAAGAAGACUAUGAUAUUAGCCAAGACGAAGAGAUGACAGAUAUAAUUUCAAUAGAGAGCAAAACUUUACCUACACAUGAAAGCGAUGAUGAUCAUGAAAUAAGUGAGUAUUUAUUAUAUAUAAAUAUAUAUAUUUUUUUUGUUUAAUUUGUUAAUGUAUCUAAUUAUGAUUUUUUUUCAAAUAGUUGAUGAUAUUGGUGAUGAUGAAUGGAGCGAAGAUAAGACUAGAUUAGCUCUUAAAGAUAUGUUAGAUAUGAUGCGGGAUCAAAAUAGUUAAAUUUUUUUUUUUUUUU